AUCAAGCCAUUGCAUGCACUGACGGUCCGAAUUUCCGAGACAUUUCAACGGUGCGACUCGAAAUAUUGCUUUGAUGGCAACAAGACGAAUCCUAAGCGAGUAUUGACCAAGCCAAGCAAACCAGCCAUGAAUGAUGGUUACGACAAUGAAAAUUGCGACUACAUACUACGAGUCAAUGAUGUGCUGGGAGACGAAAAGGAUUAUCAGUAUCGCGUAAUUGACAUGCUGGGCCAAGGCACCUUUGGUCAAGUCGUUAAAUGUGUACGCAUAAGCACGGGCCAGUUGUACUCAGUUAAAGUUAUCAAAAAUAAGCGUGCAUAUCGGAUACAAAGCCGUAUGGAGGUUGAGAUAUUGAAACAGGCAGGUAACAACAACUCAAAACUCGGAGCGGACGAUAGCAAUCAUGUAUUGCAGUUAGAGCAUACGUUUAAUUACAAAAACCAUCUAUGUUUGGUGUUUGAGCUCUUGUCGUUCAAUCUCUACGAGCUCAUCAAACAGAACAAUUACAAGGGGCUCUCAUUGAAUCUGGUGCGCGUGUUCGCAUUGCAGUUAUUGGACUCGUUAGUAUUGUUAAAGAAGGCACGGAUCAUUCAUUGCGAUCUCAAACCGGAGAACGUGCUUCUUAAAAGCGUCAAAUCACCCACAAUCAAAGUAAUUGAUUUUGGAUCCGCGUGCCAUGAAUCCAACCAUGUAUAUACUUAUAUUCAGUCUCGGUUUUAUCGAUCACCGGAAAUCUUGCUCGGAUUGCCAUAUACUUCGGCCAUCGACAUGUGGUCACUAGGGUGUAUUGUUGCAGAGUUAUUCAUCGGCAUCCCUUUGUUUCCGGGAAGUUCAGAAUAUAAUCAGUUGUUUCGAAUUGUGGAGAUGCUAGGACAACCGUCUCAGGACAUGCUGGACCAAGGCAAGACCGCAUCAAAUUUUUAUAACCGGGAGACACUUCCGAACGGGAAACACGUUUUUAGGAUGAAGAGUCGCGAACAAUAUGGCCGAGAGCAGCAUAAAAACGAGUUACCCAGCAAAAAAUAUCUUCCACAGACGGAGUUACCUGCACUGAUCCUCGAAUACAAUAAUCGAUCUCGAUCAUCGUCAUCUCGGAACAACAAUAGCACUACUAAUCUCCAGAUGCGCCAUGCUUUAAUUAAUUUUCUGGAAGGCCUGCUCCAGCUCAAUCCAUUGAAACGAUGGAGUCCAUUGGAAGCUCGCUAUCAUCCCUUCAUCACUGGCGAGCCUUAC